ACGUGCGGUAGUUCGUGAAAGUUUAGCUAGCGUUAUUAGUCAAUGAUGUCGGGGCGUUGUGCACUCGAAUUGAUAGCCGAAACUUCGCCUGGACUGCCGCCGCGGCAGUGACCAGAUGCUGGCCAUGGCCAACUGAACGGAAGAAGAGCGCGAGAAAAGAAAAAAGCGAGCCACAAGCACCAACCAGCCACCAAGUGAUGGCCUCCUCCACAUCUUCUGCGCGUGGGAACAACAAAGCAGCCAUCACCAACACCACCACAGCCACAGCCACCGCCACCGCUCCCGUCUCCACCGCCUCGUCUGCUGCCGUUUCCGGUUCCGGUGCCACCUCCGCGGCUGCUCCUGCCUCCGCUCCGCCAGCUGUGACCCUAAGCGAACUGAUUGGGCAGCAGCUCAAGCACCUGAACUCCGAUGAGCUGCUGCACAAAGACGAGCUGCAGCUGCUCCUGCUCAUAACGCCUGUGCAACGCCAGAAAUUGAGCCGCAACCUGGAGGAUGGCGAUCUGGAAGCCAGCACGUCGGCGGCGCCACUUUCGCGUCCCGAAAACGGCGAGGAGGAUGACGACCUGAUUGGGGCGGUGGGUGGACUGGGUAUUUCGUCCCCAACUACGACCAAGGAGCCGCUGCUGGAUUUUAGGCCACACGUACUCAAAUGGUUUCAGCAUCUGCGCCACCAAACGGGCCACUUCAAGUCGGAGGAGGAGUCUCGUCGUCUGCGGGAGGCUGGAAACGAUUCAUACCGCAAGGAGCGGCAUCCGCUCAAGGCCAGCGAUCUCUUCACGGAAGCCAUUUUCCUGGCCCCGGCCCGGAACACGCUCGCAGCCGCCCUGGCCCACGCCAAUCGCUCCCUGGUCCUUUUCGAUUGCGGUCUAUACGCGGAAUCCUACGACGACUGCCUGUGCGCCCUGGAUCUGGGCUAUCCGGAGGAGUACUUGCCAUUGAUUAAGCUGCGCCAAGCCGCCUGUGCCUUAAAACUGCGUAACUUUGCGCUCUGCGAGGAGCAUCUGCACGAGCUCCUGCAUAUUGAACUGAACCAGGUGUUCGAAGCGAGGACCCAUGAGCUCUGGCACCAGUGCGAGGUGCUCAAGGUGGAGCGCUUCGAGAUGGCCGUACAGACGGGCGAUGAUCUGGAUACCAACGAUUCGAAAGCCUUUGAAAUAGCCUGGUUGGACAACUCCUCGUCCCUGCACACAACCAGAGCGGUGGCCAAGAACGCGCUCAUUUUCGAAUCUGAAGCGGUGGCCAUGGUGCCGAGUGGCAAUUGCCGGGUCUGCGACUACUGCGGAAUCACUCAGUUCAUUCCCUUUCCCUGCAUUUACUGCUCCAACCGCCUGGUGGUCUAUUGUUCCCGACAGUGUCGCUUCAAGCAUGCGGCGAUACAUGCGGUGGAGUGCUUUGGCCACCAGAUCGAGCUGUUCGAGUCCUUUGGCGAGGUUUUUGGAAUGCCGCGACUCCUUCAGCUGGCCUUCAGGAUGCUGAUCACAGGACUGCCGGAACUGUUGGGUCAUUGCCGAAAGAAACCGACGCUCAGCAAGCUUUGGUCGGCCAUUAAUGGGGGAAUGCAGGAGCGACAGGACAUCGCCUACAGUGCGGUGCUGCGAUUGGAGCGCUUAAAGGAGGAGCGACCCACGGACACGGUGAUCGCAUUGGCCCUGACCGCCCACAUCCUGUCCAUUUACCUGAGCAAGUGCACCACGUUCUUCGACCAGCUGGAGAAGAGUCUGCCCACGGCCUCUCGGAUGUCGAGUGCCGAAUGGGAGCUGCUGUGUGCCGCUCUACUGAUGCGUCACAUUGGCCAGCUGCGCCACAGAUCGCUCACUGCCUGCCGAUCCUUCGUCCUGCCCGCUGAUCCGCACGUCUUCUCGCCGCUCAACGAAUUCCAACUAUGGGCUGCUCCCAUGCGCCUCCAGGAGGGCCACCUGCAUCUGCUGGCCGGCGAGGUGGCUGUCGUGUCGUACUCUGUCUACCCGGAUACUCUGAACUUGUGCCGCCACAGUUGUUCCUCCACGAUCUGCGCCAAGUUCUCCGGCCGUAAGGUAACCGCGCUGGCCCUUUUGGAUCUGCCGGCGGGCUCCGGCAUAUACAACUGCUUCGCCGGAGGUAACUUUCAGCAAUUACCCCGGGAGGAGCGCACAAAACAGCUCGUGGAGAGCGGCAUCCAGUGUCACUGCAACGCCUGCCAGCUUACGCACUCGGAUGAUCAGUUCCAUAAGUUUCAUCGCUACCGUUGUGAUAACCCAAACUGUAUGGAGAUCUUCACACCCAACGCUCUGCCCCAUGCUCCAAGUCUGCGGUGGUGGCUCUCCGAGGAGUACACCCAGCCGGAGUUCAAUGGCGCCGACCUGAUCAUGUGUCCCCAUUGCGGCGAGUACCAGAAACUGGAGUGGUUCUGGGCCUUCUCCACGUCGCUUAUCGAUUGUGAACUAAUCGAGGAGAGGUGCAAACUGUACGCAGCCAUCGAGCGGGCCGAGAACCAACUGAUGGAUCUGCACGAGUGCAAGGUGGAUCUGGCCAGGCUGCUUCUGGAGCAGUGCCUCAUGGUGCACCGCGAGGGGGCAACAGUCCUGGACGACUGGGAGUUCAACAAACUGGGGUCCAUCCUGCGAUCCGUGCUGCCCAGCGUGAUGGCACAGUACGGCGGACAGUCGAUCGAGUACGUGAAGUACUUCUCCUACUUUUGGGAUGUGAUGGCGCUGAGCAACUACAAGUGCAACGAUCGGGAGCUGAUGCAAAUGCUAAAUGCUUUGGAGUUCAUAGCCGACGAGUUCAAGGAUAUAUUCAUCAACUACUACGAGGAUUAUAUUGCGCCCAAAUUUGCUGAAGAGUCCUAUGGCAGUGUCGUAGAUACGCAAGUUUAGAAGAGAGCCCGAAACCAAAUGAAGCGAGCAAAGUUAAAUAAACCUAGAUAUAUUUUACUCAGUAGCGAAAGGAAAAGGAAAGAAAAACAAUAAGAAAAGAAAACACCCACACAAAUUCUAGGAAAAUUCUAUUGUUGACCCAUACAAAACAUAAUUGCAUAUAUACUUUGUGCUAUUAUUAAAAAAAAAUGGUGCUGAGAUAUUAAAUUGUACGAAACGAAUGUUACAUUCAUUUAGGUAAUUAAGUCAAGGCAAAUAGCGCGCGAGAGAAAUCAAAACGAUCAUAUUAUUAGAGAGUCAUAUCAUGCACACAUUAUGUUCAUAUCACACCUAGGAAAUGAUUAAUUAACUGAUUAUAUAUGAUUGGUUAUAUAGCAAAUGACUUUUUCAUUUUGCAUUGCGAGCAAUAUUUAUGAAUUAACUCAGCUACAAGGGCAGCCCUUUAGCGAUGGUCCACUGUACUGCCAUCAACUAUUGGACUCCUUAAAAUUUAGUUAAAUACCAUUUGAAACAGAAAAGGAAACAGAAACUUUGUAUCUUGGUGAGGUGUACAGUGACCACAGCCAAAGUGGAAAACCUAGCCGGAACCAAGGAAAAAAGGCCGAAGCAAAUCUAAGUGUAAGCAUUAAUUUAGCUUCUGAGAAGCUUCUACCUAAGAGUAGCCACUGAUCUCGAUUGUUUGCCAGGAACACGACAAAUUGUUUUAUCCACCACAAAAACCCUUACUUAAUCACUUACAUACAUAUGUAUUUGCUUGCCAUCGGGCAGCCUGACUGUAAGCUUUUAAUGCUUAAAAAUCAGAUAGGAAUCAAACGCAAUCACUGCAGAAACAGAAAAGCAAAAACCAAAAAACGAAACGGGAAAAACAAAAAACCGAAAACCAAGAAGACAACAAAUGAACAAUUUAAAUUAAUGAAUAUUCGAAUUAUAUGAACAAACAAGUGUUUUUUCAAACCUCGCCUUAAUUUUUUAAAGUGUUUUGAAAUACGGUAAUGGUAACGAUUACGAUAACGAAGACGAAGAUAACGAGUUUUGACCUCGAAUCGAAAACGAAAAAAAAUGCAAAAACAAAACCAAAAACGCACUGAUAAAGCAUAGGCCAGGCAAAUUCACACCGACACGCCCACACACACAACACACACACGAUCAGACACGCGAAUCUAUAUAAAUAAAUAAAUACAAAUUACAAACAAGAUACUCAAACAACUUCUAGCAGCUAUAAACAAAUGCAAUAAAUUCUUUUUAAC